AUGGCCGCCCUUUACGGCCAGCGAAAGCAGCUCAGCAAGAUCAUCUUCAAGGCCGGGGACGACCUGCGCCAGGACAUGCUCGUCAUGCAGAUUGUCAGCAUCAUCAACCGCCUCUGGCUGCGCGCCGGCCUCGACCUCCGCCUGAUCACCUUUGCCGUGGUGAACACCGCCCACCGGACCGGCAUGAUCGAGAUGGUCAGUCGGGCGAGGACGCUGUGUCAGAUUCAGCGGGAGUACGGCUACGGCGUGGCGGGGAACUUCAAGCGGCACACCAUCAGCCAGUGGCUGAAGCGCCACAACUCGGGCGAGUUUGAGUACCAGAUGGCCUGCGAGAACUUUGUGCACAGCUGUGCCGGCUAUGUGGUCAUUUCGUAUCUGCUCGGCUUUGGAGACCGCCACAACGACAACAUCAUGGUCACCACCAGUGGGCACCUCUUUCACAUUGACUUUGGCAAGUUUCUCGGGAAGGCGCAGACGAUGGCCGGCUUCAAACGGGACCGGGCCCCCUUUGUCUUCACCGCCGACAUGGCCUACGUCAUCAACGGCGAGUCGGACCGCAGCGGCAAGUCCUUUCAGUACUUUGUCGACCUGUGCUGCACGUGCUUCAGCCAGGUCCGGGCGAACGGGAACUUUCUCCUCUCGCUGCUGGCGAUGAUGAUCCCCUCGAGCAUUGAGGGCCUGACGCCGGAGACUAUAAUGUACUUUCACCACGCGCUGAUGCCCGCGGAGACGGACAGCAAGGCGAAGGAGGGCUUCUACCGGCUGAUUCGGGAGUCUCUGGACUCCUUUGGGACGCAGUUUAACUUUUUCAUCCACUCGCUGGCGCAGAUGAAGUUGAGUGGAACCGGGGGAGGCGGUGGAGGAAGCUCAGCAGCUCAGGUGGAAAAUCAGAACUACGUGGUCAUCCCCGGUGGCGGAAACACAGUCGAAAAUGGUUCUAAUGAAAAUGGCGACGUCAGCGACGGAAAUGGCGGGGGCGGCGGAAAGUCAAAUGGAGACAACAUGAUGGACUCGGGCAUGGCCAGCCUGGAGAGCUCGGAACACUCCGUCUGGCGGUUCUCCUUCAGCUCGACCCGCUUCAGCCGGUCGCAGGGCACCGAGGGCGAGAUUACCCGUCUGGAGAUUGUCAGCAUCUGGAAGCGGCCGCCAGCGAUUGAUGAAGCUCUAGGACGGGACUACCUCUACAAG